AUGCUGGAACCAGAAGAUGCCUUUGCGGAGGAGGCGCAAGAGGAGGCCAGACUGGCAGAGGACUCUCAUGGCGCGACUACAAUCAACACACGCUUCCACGUCAGGGACGGGCAGGAGGACGAUACAGGCGAGACAAGCCCCUUGAUGAGCCCUCGACAACGCCGCAAGAACCCCGUUACAUACACCAGGGCCAGAACAAGCUACGAGCGAGCCAUCAAUGAGCCCUGGACUGGAGCUCAUGGCGCAGGCGAUCUUCCCUGGCACAAGAAACCUUCGAUACUUUGGCUUCUGCCAGCCCUCUUCCCUUUCUCUGUUGCGUUCGGCGGCAUCAUCGUGCCCAAGACAUAUUUGAUUCUCGACCUCAUCUGCAAACAAUAUCUGUCCGAGCAAGCAUUGAAGGACCCCACGUUCAAGUUCCUCCCGGUCGUACUGGGGGAGGAGAACCCGCAAUGCAGAGAUCCUCACGUUCAGUCGCGAGUCGCCAAUUUCAACCUCUACGUAAAUCUGCUCUCUGGCGUCUUCUCCGCCAUUGUCUCUCCUCAUCUGGGUUCGCUUUCAGACCGGGUCGGGCGGAAAAAGGUCAUGGUCUGUGCCUCUCUCGGCGCGCUCGCCUCCGAAAUCAUCACCAUCAUUGUGGGUUCCACCGAUGGCGCCGUUUCCGUCUACUGGCUGCUCCUCGGCGGCUUGAUCGAUGGCCUCUGCGGCUCAUUUACCACUGCUCUCGCAUUGACUUUCGCGUACGCCUCAGACUGUUCGCCCCCUGAGCGUCGAAAUGUGGCGUUUGGCUACUUCCAUGGGACCCUGUUUGCGGGCAUUGCGAUCGGACCCGUCAUGGCGGGCUACGUGAUCAAGGUCACGGGGACGGUCAUGGUUGUCUUCUACAUUGCACUCGCAUGUCAGGCAUGGUUUAUCCUCUUCGUGUUGUUCGCCGUGCCCGAGUCCCUGUCCAAGGAGCGACAGUUAAUAGCCAAGGAGAAACGACGCUUCGCCAAAGCGGAGACCGCAGGCAACUCUUGGUGGACAACCAUAAAGAACUACAAUCCCUUCGAGCCGUUGUGGGUACUACGACCGACUGGCAUCGGUUCAAGUGCGGCACUGCGGAAGAAUUUAUUUGUCCUUGCAGCCAUCGACACCAUGAUGUUUGGAGUGGCCAUGGGGACCAUGCAGAUCAUCAUCAUCUACGCCGAGUAUCGCUUCGGCUGGACGGCUGUCAACGCCAGCAUGUAUCUCUCCGCCGUCAACAUCUGUCGGGUUAUGGGACUGCUUCUACUCCUACCCCUCCUGACCAGGAUCUUCCGCGGACCACAAAAUGUGCAGUCGAAAGGGCACAAAGGCUCCGACAUGCUUGACAUCUGGAUCAUUAGGGGGGCCAUUCUUUUCGACCUUCUUGGAUAUGUUGGUUAUGCCAUAGGGCCAACCGGGGCGGUCAUGGUGGUCUCAGGAAUGAUUGCAUCCCUGGGUGGCAUUGGAUCGCCUACCUUGCAGUCAUCACUCACAAAGCAUAUCCCGGCGGACCGAACAGGCCAAAUGCUGGGCGCGUCAGGUCUGCUGCAUGCCCUGGCUCGCGUAGUGGCUCCCACGGUUUUUAAUCUCAUCUACAGCCAGACGGUGGGUAUCUAUGCGGGCAUUGUCUUCAUUUGCUUGGCCUCCAUUUUUGUGGUUGUUUUUGUUUUCAGUUGGUUCUUGAGGCCAAAUGGUACGUUUUUAGCUCCACAUCCCAGCAUUUCGUGGUCUGCCACUGACGACAUCUAG